UUGCAGAUGAUCAGCCAGGGUAAUUACUAAAAAAAAAAAAAAAAAAAGGAGAAGAAGCCAAGAUAAUUAACUUCUGAAUAUCCUACCACGCUUGGCACUUCUUCUGAGCUACUUGUCCAAACAGAGGGAAGCAGUCGGAGUUUCAGGUGGGGAGGUUUUGAAAAGCUGUAAAGAAGAGCUUGGAAGCCCAUCUUCAAUGAGAAUAAAGUUGGUGGCUUCCACACAUGGAGGAUGAUGGCAAAGAACAAUGGUGCCAACCACCAGCGAAUGGCCUCUGUAAAAAGCAAAGGUGAUCUGGAGCAGACCAAGCUCAGCAACCAUGAUAGCAGGCUUCCCUCCGUUGAUGAUGAUGAUGCCUCCUCGGAACUGCGACGUGUGGCUGUCUUGGAGGAUGCAGACCACCCCAAAAAAGGGGCCCUUUCCAGGAUAGCUCGGCUGGUGAUGGCUGUCCGAGGAUGGGCAAAGAAAGGCAUGAAAGACGAGGAGAGACCGGACUCCUUCCUGGAGCGCUUUCGAGGACCAGAUGUGAAGGCUUUAGCAUCAGAGUUGGCAACAGCAGGUGGAGAUGGCCUUGCAGGCCAGGGGAAGAAGAAAAAGAAAUGGAAAGUCCUUGUGAUGGACCCUGCUGGGAAGUGGUACUACCGCUGGCUCCUGGUUAUUGCAGUACCAGUUCUGUACAAUUGGUGCAUGCUGGUUGCCAGAGCCUGUUUCAAUGAGCUCCAGAGAAGGUACUUGCUCUGUUGGCUGCUCCUGGACUACCUGGCAGACACCAUUUACAUCGUGGACAUUGUCAUCCGGAUGAACACAGGUUUUCUUGAGCAGGGAUUACUCGUCAAAGACUUCAAGAAACUGCGUGCUAAAUACAUUGCCACUUUGCAGUUUAAGCUGGAUAUCCUGUCCAUUCUGCCUACUGACUUGGCAUAUUUUGUGGUUGGCAUCCAUCGGCCUGAGUUACGCUUCAAUCGGCUACUCCAUUUUCCUCGCAUGUUUGAAUUCUUUGAUCGGACUGAAACAAGAACCAGUUACCCAAACAUCUUUAGGAUCUGCAAUCUGGUGAUGUACAUUUUGGUCAUCAUCCACUGGAAUGCAUGCAUUUACUAUGCCAUCUCCAAGGCCAUUGGCUUUGGAGAAGACACCUGGGUUUAUCCAAAUAUCUCAGAUCCAGAGUAUGGAUAUUUGACAAGGGAGUAUGUCUAUUGUCUCUACUGGUCCACACUAACCUUGACUACCAUUGGUGAGACUCCUCCCCCUGUGCGUGAUGAGGAAUACCUCUUUGUCAUCUUUGACUUCCUAAUUGGAGUUCUCAUCUUUGCUACUAUUGUGGGAAAUGUGGGGUCCAUGAUCUCCAACAUGAAUGCCACCAGGGCAGAAUUCCAGGCCAAGAUUGAUGCUGUCAAGCACUAUAUGCAUUUCCGCAAAGUAAGCAAAGAAAUGGAAGCUAAGGUGAUCAGGUGGUUUGACUACCUUUGGACCAACAAGAAAACUGUGGAUGAGUGGGAAGUGCUCAAAAAUCUUCCUGACAAACUGAGGGCUGAAAUAGCUAUCAAUGUCCACCUUGAGACACUGAAGAAAGUGCGGAUAUUCCAGGACUGCGAGGCUGGACUUUUGGUGGAAUUGGUGCUCAAGCUUCGCCCUCAGGUUUUCAGUCCAGGUGAUUAUAUUUGCCGGAAAGGAGAUAUUGGUAAAGAAAUGUAUAUCAUUAAGGAAGGAAAGUUGGCUGUGGUAGCAGAUGAUGGUAUUACUCAGUACGCCUUACUUACAGCAGGGUGCUGUUUUGGAGAAAUCAGCAUUCUCAACAUCAAAGGAAGCAAAAUGGGGAACAGGCGAACGGCAAAUAUUAGGAGCAUUGGUUACUCUGACCUCUUCUGCCUGUCCAAAGAUGACCUCAUGGAGGCUGUGACCGAGUACCCAGAUGCCAAGAGGCUCCUGGAGGAGCGUGGCCGAGAGAUCCUCACCAACGAGGGGUUGUUGGAUGAAGCGGCAGCGGCAGAAAGCAUGGAAGUGGUGGAUGUGGGCCAGAAGCUGGACAGAUUGGAGACCAGCCUGGAGACGCUGAACACUCGAUUCUCCCGACUCUUGGCUGAAUAUGAUGCCACUCAGAUGAAGCUCAAGCAGCGCCUCACUUCUCUGGAAGCCAAACUGAAGGAAGACAAGCAGGAGGAGCUUUUUCCCGAGGGUUUUAUCAGCCCACUGGAGGAAGAGGAAAAAACCAACCUUUGAAGUCUUGCUUCCUACCGUUUCCUGCUCAUUUAUUUUAUUUACUUUGUUUGCAUGUUACUUACUCCACCAAAGUGGCUCUCAUCAGGUUAUCUGACCACAAGAUCCAUUUCCAGACUGCUGCUCUUUACACACCUUUCUCCUCUUAGAGUGACCUUACCAUUCUCCCAAUGGUUUCCUUCUUUCACCAAUUAAUUUAUUUAGAUAAUGGAGUCUUUCUUUUUCUUAACUCAUUCCCUUCAUUUCUUUUCCUAGUCCCCCUUGAGAUGAGACAAUGCAGGAUCUUAGAUGUUCAUUCUGAAAAACAAUUGUGAAAUGGAAAGUAGAUCAGGCUCUCCCGCUCUUACUUUGACCUUUACUCUGGUGACAAUAAUCCUCCUUAUUUAAACAUCAUUUCACAGUUGGUGACUAACAGCCAAUAAAAAAUUCCCAAGUCUUCCUGUUCUGGAGGCAAUUUCCAAUGGAAUUCUAUUGCCUAUAUAUGGGUGUUGUGUACCAGGACAUAGAAUCAUUUCUUUAAGUGAGGUCUGCAUAGUUCAAAAUUGCAGCGAGAAGCAUAUGCCUAAAUAUCCUUGAAUUCUUCUUCUCACUUUUUGCUGCCUGGAUCUUAUUCUAUUUCUUUUGAAUAGUGAGACUUCCUGCUAUGUAUUCUUUGUUUUUGAAGAUAAUGAAAUUUCUUCUGGGGUAACGCUGCCAAAAAAAUGCAGCACAUCCUGGCAGGAGUAGCUGUUUAAGGAUUAUCUUCCUGUAUCUCAGGCAGUCAGGAAAGGCCUGGUUCAGAAUCUUUCCUGGGCCAGCCAUCCUUUCUCAUACUUAGAUCCAACUUGAAGAGGACCUGAAAUUAAUUGGGAAUAGCUGUCCAAUGAGAAUAGAUAUUGGUUGGUUGAAGCCCAUAGCUGCCCACCAGAUCCCCGUGAUUAUAGCCCUGUCCUCUUUUAAACCAGGGAUCCUUCCAACAUCAUGGAUGGAAAAAUUGUGUGUUCUGCAGGAAUUGUGAAUUGGGUCCAUGUGGUGGAGUUGUCCAUAAGGGUUUUUGUGCAAUGCUUCGUUACCUGAUCAGAUUCAGUCCUUGGCCCUAACAAUAAUAGGAAAAUCAGCAUUUUGCCUAAGGAGGAGAAACAAGUGUUUGCACCCUCGUGGUAACACUUGCUUGGUCUACUAGAGGUGAUGCAGAAAUGAGCCGCUGUCCUGCUUCAGAAGCUGGUGAUGAAGAAGAAAUUCUCCCAUGCAGCUUUAUAAAGAGCAGCUGGAUCCCCCCCCCCCAGCUAACUAGAAUUGGAAGCAGAUCAGGCCAGUUGGAAGUUAUGCAGGUUCCUGAGAAAAAGGCACAGAUGAAAGCAAUGUGCCCGAAGUCAUUUUACAUAUUGCGCUAUUUUUAGUGUAUUUUGAAAGAUGUCUGCCUUGAUGUAAGAGAGUUACAGGGCUCCAUGUCAUACUUUUUUAAAAAAUAAAGUACUCAUUGUCAAUGA